GUUUACUUGACAUUUUUAUAAGUAAUAAAUUUUAAUCAAUUAUUUGUAUGUGAGAAUCAAGAGAUCAAACGAAAUGUCGACAUCUGAAUCAUUAGCGAUAGUGCAAUCCAAGUUCGUGUCAGGCGAGACUGUUUUGACUACCACAGAAGCAUCAUUAAUACAAGGAUGGAUACAAUCUUCAAGAUAUAUUGCUCUUGUUUACAAAGGUACAACCCACGCUUUAGCAAUUUUUUUAACUUCAAAAAUACCACCACAAGUGUACAGUGAUCUGACCUUGGAAGGAAUGUUACCUAUUGAUCAGGACUUCAAAUGUAGUAUAGAUACUAAUGGAGAAACACAGGAUGGCCUUGAUAUAUACAUGAAUGUUACAUCAAGAAAACUUCGCCUGAUAUUUGAAAUGAAACUUGGAGAAUCUACCAGUUCCUUAGUAUCACAAAUAUUUCGAGCGAUAGAAAUAUAUCAAACAGCUAAAAGCCCUGCAGAAGAAUUUUUAUGGAUUGAAAAACUAACAAGAAAUAGGAGAAACUUGGCUACUGGUGGCAAAGAUAUGCAGGAUACUGCCGAUUCUUUGCUCAAUCUUGAGAGUCAUGAUUUAGCAAUACCACGACAAAGCAUUGCCUCGGGUAGAUCCCCAGUAGCUGCAAGAGAAUCAGUAGUACGAUAUCAGAUGGCUUGCAAAGAAGAUGAUUACACAUAUAGUAAAACAUUUCGUAUACUUACUUGCACGUGGAAUGUAAAUGGACAACCCCCAAAUAACAUUAAAUUAAAUGAAUGGUUGAGCACGGACGAAAUGCCACCAGAUAUAUAUGCUAUCGGAUUCCAGGAAUUAGAUUUGAGCAAAGAAGCAUUUCUAUUUCAUGAAACUCCUAGAGAAGAAGAAUGGAGACAAGUUAUAGUUAAUUCACUUCAUCCAGGAGGGAAUUAUACACAAGUAGCUCUUGUCAGAUUAGUGGGUAUGAUGUUGUUAGUAUAUGCACUUGAAGCUCAUAUACCAUUUAUCGAAAAUGUGUGUACUGAUACAGUAGGAACGGGAAUUAUGGGAAAGUUGGGCAAUAAAGGUGGUGUUGCAGUCAGUUGUUGUAUUCACAAUACGGCUGUUUGCUUUGUUAAUGCUCAUUUAGCUGCACAUUGUGAAGAAUUUGAGCGACGCAACCAGGAUUAUGCUGAUAUUUGUGCGAGAUUAUCUUUUACGAAAUAUGUACCACCUAAAAGUUUCAAGGAUCACGACCAGAUUUAUUGGUUGGGAGAUUUAAAUUAUCGGAUAACGGAAAUGGAUGCUGCAACAGCUAAGCAGUAUAUUUCAGAAGGCAUCUAUGGUCCCGUCUUAGCAUUGGAUCAACUUGGACACCAACGCAAAGCAGGACGUGUGUUUCAAGGAUUUCAGGAAGCAGAAAUUGAUUUUAAACCCACAUAUAAAUACGAUCCAGGUACCGACAACUGGGAUUCAAGCGAGAAAUGUAGAGCUCCAGCUUGGUGUGAUCGAGUACUAUGGAAAGGAGAUAUGAUUAAAUCAAUUUACUACAAAAGUCAUCCAGAACUAAAGAUAUCUGACCACAAGCCAGUUAGUGCAAGUUUUGAUUCUCAAAUACGUAUUAUAGAUACGGCUAAGUAUCGUAAAAUUCAUGAGGAAGUUAUGAAAAAACUAGAUAAAUUAGAAAAUGAAUUCUUACCUCAAGUGAUGGUUGAUACUACAGAUAUUAUUUUUGACGUUUUGAGAUUUCUUGAAUCUAGCAGUAAGGAACUUAUUAUCGCUAAUACAGGCCAGGUACCAGUGCAAUUUGAAUUUAUAAAAAAGUUAGACGAUACAAACUAUUGCAAGGAUUGGUUGCAUAUAGAACCAUAUACAGGCUUUAUAAAACCAGGUGAAAAGUGCGACAUUAAACUGGAGGUAUAUGUAGACAAAAAGACUGCAUGUAAAUUGAAUUCUGGUGAAGACAAGUUAUAUGAUAUUUUAGUAUUACAUCUCGAAGGAGGCAAAGAUAUUUUCAUUACUAUAACAGGCACUUAUGAGAGAAGUUGUUUCGGUUCUUCCAUGGAAGCAUUGGUUCAUGUUUCAGUUCCAAUUAGAGAAAUUCCUAUUGGGCGAUUAGUCGAAUUGGAGAAUAAUAAAAAUCUCUCACAAGAACCAUAUUCAGUUCCAAAAGAAAUAUGGCAUUUAGUGGAUAGAUUAUAUCGACAUGGCCUUAAAACUCCAGGACUUUUUGAAACACCAGGCCUUCAUAGUGAGAUAAUAGCUAUUCGAGAUUGGUUAGAUGAAUGGAGUCAAGAUCCAAUGCCUGGUGGUGUACAUUCGGUAGCAGAGGCAUUACUACUGCUUUUAGAAUCUACUGCUGAACCAUUGAUACCGUAUAAUCUACAUAAUGUUUGCCUAUCAGCAGCAACUAAUUAUUUACAGUGCAAACAAAUUAUAAUGCAAUUACCAGAGACUAGAAGAACUGUCUUUCUCUAUAUCAGUUCAUUCUUGCAAGAAUUAUUAAAUCAUACACAGGAUAACGAACUCGAUGCUAAAACACUUGCGACGCUGUUUGGAUCAAUAUUUUUAAGGUAUCCACCUAGAAGCAGAGACGAUCGCCAUCAGAGAAAUCGUGCGACUCAAAUUACUUUCGAUAAAAAGAAAGCUGCAUUUGUUUAUCAUUUCUUAGUCAACGAUCAAAGCGAUUUUAUAUUAGGUCGAUAAUAAGCGAUUUAAAGGAAUACUAG